GCCUUAACUUCCAUAUAAGCUCGCAAUCCGUAGGCAAUCAAAAAUAAAAAUUUGAUUAACGGAAUGACAUCGGUGCAAUUUAAUGCAGAAACUCCGGAGAGAAAACAGUAGCUAACUGACAGGUAUCGCCAUCAAAUGUUAUGAAAUCCAGUGUUUAAGUGAAAUCUUCAGAUGCCCCGUUGCUCCUAUGUUACUGAAAGAAUCUGUAAUCGUCAUGAAUGUUUACAACUUCAUAAGAAAUAUUGUCCUUUCAAUUGUGGUAUUUGCAAGAAUGGUUUUACUCAGAAAAAUUACCAAGUUCAAAGAGAAGUCUUCAGAUGUUCCUUUUGCUCAUAUGUUACGGAAAUGAGCUAUGAUUUUGAAGAACAUGUGCUACUUCAUAAGAAAUUUCCUCCUUUCAUUUGUGGUAUUUGCAAAAAAACUUGUACUCUGAAAAGUAAUCUUAAAAGACAUUUAAGGUUUCACUUUGGUGAACGACCUUAUGUUUGCAAAAUUUGUAAUAAAUCUUUUCAGCAAAAACAACAUGUAGCUGUACAUUUAAGGAUUCAUACUGGAGAACGACCAUAUGUUUGUAAGAUGUGUAACAAAGGUUUUACUCAAAAACAUACUCUUGACUACCAUCUGAGAAUACAUGCUGGAGAGCGGCCGUAUGUUUGUGAGGUGUGUAACAAAGGUUUUAGGACAAAAAACCAUCUUGAUGGGCAUUUAAAGAAUCAUGCCCAGGAAUAACUACGUUAAUACAAUUUUUAUGGUAAAAAUUGCAAACAUAAUAUUGGAGUGCAAUGCUAUUAUUGUGGUCAUGUGCAUUAGUAAUGUUGAUUUUUCUUCACGACUGUGAUGUUAUGUGUGAUACUAUAUUAAUUGUGACAUAUGUUUUAUUUUGCAAGAUGGGAAGGAUGACUUUGUGUAGUGUUUUACACCCCCCUAGUGUUUCACCUAUUUUAAUU